AUGACGGGCGAGGGCCGUCGCUUGGCCACCCGAGGCCGCGCCUGUGACUGCCCCCCGGGCGCACGGGGCCGACGUCUCACGGCACCGGAAGUGUGCCUGGGCCACUGCACUCUCCUCCGGGAGCCCGUCUGCUGUGAGUGCCAGGUCAAGUUCCAGGGCCACUGGCCUGUGCCCAGGGCUGAGGCAGCACUGCCGUACUGGGUCCCUCUGUCCCUGAGACCUCGAAAGCAGAUCCCCAGGAUGGUCCGGUUUUGUAUCCCCAAAGCCACCAAGACCUGCGCCUGCCCGUGCCACCACUUUGGGGGCCGCCUCCCGCUGCCUAGGACCAAGGCCGUGAUGCCAUACUGGGUGCCGCGGGGGCUGAGGUCUCAGAGGAAGGUGAGAAGAGACUGGCAUAGCAGUGGGGCUGGGGGGGCGCCGAGAGCGGGCUGCCCUGUCCUGAGGGCGUUCCCUGCAGAGGGCGGCGGGCCAGCUCGGCUGGUGCGCGUCCUUCCCUGGGGCACCGUGCGGGCUCUGCGCAGCCGCCCGGCCCCUCCCUGCUGGACAGUGAUUUGGAGCAGAUCCCAGGCAGAGGUGACCCAGGGCACCUCAGAGGCUGCAGGCCACGCUGCGAGGCUACCCUGCUCCGUGGCGGCUUGGGGGGACCAGUGCCCGCUCACGCCCAGCCCUCCUGCCCUAGACACCCCCCUGGACGUGCGCUCCCGGCACAACCGCUGGCGGAUCUGCAGCAACGGGCGCCCCCUGGCCAAGUGGCAGCGGCUGCAGGCCAUUGAGCAGGAUGAGCUGCUGGCCCUGGGGAGGGCAGUCGGCCCCCCGGCCCCGUUCCCGACCCUCCUGCAGGCCCUCCUGAGAGUCGUCAUGUCCAUGCGCCAUUAUUUUUGGAUCUGAAGUUGGACUGUCCACUGCUGUCAGCACACCCACAGAAGACCAGCCACGGCCUCCGCCACCUCCGCAGCCGGGAGCGGCCUAUGACCCCACUGUCUGCCUGUUCAUCUAGUUCACACCCAGAUUCCGUCCACGGGACUGGUCAGGUGACUCUAUUUUAGUGAGUUGGUGUGAAAUCGGGUGAGAUUCUGGUGUGAACACAGCCAAUAAAAGUUAUUUGAGAAACUCUAGGCUGGCCUCUUCAGUGAUGACCGUGGCUCCC